GUUUAAGUAAGGCCUCAAUACUGACUGGAAAAAUUAUGUUCAAAAAAAUUAGUACGAAGGUGUAAUUUACAAGUGAAAAUACCUUAGCCAGAAGCCUUAUCACACAUUGGAAACUAUGACAGGCAGAGAGGCAGCCACACAAGCCAAUAUUUUUGGGUGUGUCCCAUACUCUCCAGAUUUCCUACUUCUUCCACCACCACUCCUCUUUUCAUUCUAUUUUCUUCCCUGCUCUAAGUUUUAUUCUUCUUCUUCCUCCGCAUGUCUCUUUGAAUUCAAUCUCUUCUUCUUCCCAAGUGAAAACCAAACCACAUUACUGUAUUGGACAAUGGGCUACAAGGGUCAAAUUUUUAACUGAAAAAACGGUAUUUUUGUUGGCCUGUUUUGGGGGGAAAUACGGUGGCAGUUCUGCAAAGGAAACUGGUGCUUUGAAGGAGAAUUGGUGGGAAAGUUUUGUAGUUUACUGCAUUGGAGGAUAAGUUUUGCCCUGUUCCAUGAUAGGAUUAAGAUAAGGUAUUCAAAAUGACUACCAUGGCUUCCCUGGUUAACUUGGGGAACGUUUACACUUGCACAUGCUCUACUGGGAAAUUUGAGGGCUCUUAUUCUUUAUUUAGGAGGGUAUCUUAUUCUAGGAAUUUUAGAACAAUUCCAUUUCCCAGAAGUUGGGUGGGAAAGAGAUGGAAAUAUGUGGCUGUUUGUAGAUACUCCGUGACUACUGAUUAUAUUUCUGAUCCGAGUACUUCUAUAUCAUUAGACUCCACAUUUAGAGAAAGUAGUGGUAAUGAUGCUGAUCUUGUACUUAAGCCAGCUCCAAAACCUCAGUUGCAAUCUGGUCCCAAAGCUCAACCCCUAGUGGGAAUGGGCUCGUUGGACUUGAAAACAAACUCUGGUUCUGAUAAUGAACAAGAUAAGAAUAAUGAAGAAGGAAAAAAUAAAGUUAUUGAAUCACUUGGGGAAGUAUUGGAGAAGGCCGAAAAGCUGGAAAAUAAUAAGAAGGUCAGUGUAUCAGUAAAUAGAUCAACUGCCAAUCGCGUUGCUGUAAAAAAUAAUGGUAAACCUACAAAUGUGUCGUCCAGUUCCAGUAAGAAGUCUAAGACAAUGAAGAGUGUGUGGCGCAAAGGCAAUCCAGUUGCAACUGUACAGAAAGUUUUUGAAACUCCGACGCAGAAGCCAAAAAGUGAUGGUUUAGGGAAUGAUGAGUCCCAGAAUGUUCCUUCUCCAAGUCCCCCUCAGCCACCAUCGAAAUUUGAACCCACCUUACAGGCAAAGCCUUCUGUUGCUCCUCCUCCAAUGGUUAAGAAACCUGUUGUUUUGAAAGAUGUCGGAGCAGCUUCAAAGCCUGUAUCUGAGGCCGACUCUUCUGCCAAAACCAAAGAACGCAAGCCAAUAUUGAUUGACAAAUUUGCUUCCAAGAAACCAGUUGUUGAUCCUUUGGUUGCUCAAGCAGUGUUAGCCCCACCAAAGCCAGCAAAAGGUCGUGCACCUGGAAAGUCCAAGGAUGGGAGAUCUAAAGAAGAUAAGUCCAAUUAUGACUUCCGUAGAAAGGGCAGCUCCUCUGGUGGGCAGCGGAAGCGGCUGGUUGAUGCUGUCGAUGAUGAGGAGAUUCCUGAGAUUGGUGUUUCCAUCCCUGGUGCUGCUGCAAGGAAAGGAAGAAAAUGGACAAAGGCAAGUCGCAAAGCUGCUCGAAUCCAGGCAGCCAUAGAUGCUGCACCCGUUCAGGUGGAAAUCUUAGAGGUUGGUGAGGAAGGUAUGCAAAUAGAGGAGUUGGCCUACAAUUUGGCUGUUGGUGAAGGCGAAAUUUUUGGAACUCUUUACAAGAAGGGAAUCAAACCCGAUGGUGUACAAACUCUCAGUAAGGAGCUGGUGAAGAUGAUCUGUCAGGAAUAUAAUGUUGAAGUUAUCGAUGCUGUCCCAGUCAGCAUGGAGGAAAUGGCAAAGAAGAAAGAAAUUUUUGAUGAGGAUGACCUAGACAAGUUGGAAGAUAGGCCUCCUGUUCUUACUAUUAUGGGACAUGUCGAUCAUGGGAAAACCACACUUUUGGACUACAUUAGAAAGAGCAAGGUAGCAGCAGGUGAAGCAGGUGGUAUUACUCAAGGCAUUGGGGCAUAUAAGGUACAAGUACCCAUUGAUGGCAAGGCACAGACGUGUGUUUUCCUUGAUACUCCGGGGCAUGAGGCAUUUGCAGCCAUGAGAGCUCGUGGAACAAGUGUAACAGAUAUUGCUAUUAUAGUAGUUGCUGCUGAUGAUGGUAUUAGACCUCAAACGAGGGAAGCUAUUGCUCAUGCCAAAGCAGCUGGGGUGCCAAUAGUUAUUGCUAUAAAUAAGAUUGAUAAGGAUGGAGCGAGUCCAGAUAGAGUCAUGCAGGACCUUUCAUCCAUUGGUUUGAUGCCAGAAGAUUGGGGUGGUGACACCCCAAUGGUUAAGAUCAGUGCUCUUAAAGGGGAGAAUGUUGAUGAAUUAUUGGAAACUGUCAUGCUUGUUGCUGAGCUUCAGGAGCUGAAGGCUAAUCCACAGAGAAAUGCAAAAGGUACAGUCAUUGAAGCAGGUCUUGAGAAAUCUAGAGGAGCCGUUGCUUCAUUUAUUGUGCAGAAUGGCACCCUAAGAAAAGGAGAUGUAGUGGUCUGUGGAGAAGCUUUUGGAAAGGUUAGGGCAUUAUUUGAUGACAAUGGGAAGCCUGUGGACAUAGCUGGACCAUCUAUCCCAGUGCAGGUCAUUGGAUUAAGCAACGUCCCUCUUGCUGGUGAUGAGUUUGAGGUUGUUGAGUCGCUUGAUGUUGCACGUGAAAGGGCCGAGUUACGGGCUGAGUCACUGAGAAAUGAAAGACUUUCAGCAAAAGCUGGAGAUGGAAUGGUCACACUCUCUUCCUUGGCCUCUGCUGUUUCAUUGGGAAAACAGGCUGGUCUGGACUUGCACCAAUUAAAUAUUAUUCUAAAAGUUGAUCUGCAGGGAUCCAUUGAAGCUGUUAAAGAAGCCCUAAGGGUCCUUCCCCAAGAUAAUGUCACCCUGAAGUUCCUAUUACAGGCAACUGGGGACGUUGCCACUAGUGAUGUUGAUCUUGCUGCUGCAAGUAAUGCCAUUAUAUUUGGAUUCAAUGUAAAAGUUCCUGGCUCUGUCAAGAGCUAUGCUAAAAAUAAGAGUGUUGAAAUCCGGACGUUCAAAGUUAUUUAUGAACUUAUUGAUGAAGUGCGAAGUGAAAUGGAGAGUCUAUUGGAUCCUGUUGAGGAACAAAUUCCUGUGGGUACUGCAGAAGUGCGAGCUGUAUUUAAGAGUGGGAGUGGCCAGGCUGCUGGAUGCAUGGUGACAGAAGGUAAAGUUGUGAAAGACUAUGGACUUCGGGUUCGGAGACGUAAGAAGGAAGUCUUUGUCGGGGUUCUUGAUUCUUUGCAACGAGUAAAGGAGCUUGUGAAAGAGGUAAAUGCCGGACUAGAGUGUGGAAUAGGAGUAAACGACUUCAAUGAUUGGGAAGAAGGGGACAUAAUCGAGGUCUUUAAGUCGGAGCAAAGAAAGCGAACACUAGAGGAGGCAUCCGAGUCGAUGGCAGCUGCUGUUCAAAAAGUUGGCCAAAAACUGUAGUGAAGGCAGCAGUUCUUGCAUUUAGCUGACCUGCAUUCUUGAGUUUGUCAAGACUUGACCAUUUGCUCACAGGAUCAAAUUCUGAGGAGUUCAGCGGCGCGCUCGGCGUGUUCUUUGUAAAUGUUAGUGUCUCCAGCAGAGGAGACAGUUGUACUCAGUAUGCCGUAUACCUGAGAUUUGGCCAUUUGUUGCUUUGUUGCUGAAUCUGUAAAUAGUGGUAUAUAUAUGCAAAAUUUUGAGCUCUAUUUUACAGAGAGCAACUGAGCUAGAUCUCCACCAUUAGGAGCUCCCCGGAACUCAGAAUUGAUCAUUAAAUGUAACACGGAGAAUCGUGAAUCAGUAGAGAUCCUUAGGACUAUUAUAUAUAUACCAUUCUUACCCUCACCGAAGCAAUUUGUACUGUCAACAUGGGGGUUGUUUCACACAUUUUUAGGGGCAUAAUUUUGAAUUUUGGACACUUUCGUCGCGUUGUUCUUGUAUAGAAUAAAGGGGUUUGAGUUUCUGUAAAAUCAUGAAUGGUUUGGUUAUUACCUAAAAUAAUUGUCAAACCAAAUUGUUACUUGAGAUAAAACAUCACAAAAGAUACGUCGGUUUUUGGUAUGACAUGGGAGUUCAUGGUAAAUACUCCUCCUGUCCCAAGAAAAUCUUAUUAUGUGUUCAGUGUACUAUAUGUUCCUGUCCAAAUGUACACAACUACCAAUUUGGAGCAAUGAUUUUUGAGUUAUGUAAUAGUAUUUAGCCUUGUUAAUUAGGGUUAAAAUGGACUUUUUAUCUUUGCUAAUCUUGAAAUCUAAGUGGACU